AUGCCUGGUACUAGAAAAAAUAAUGUCUAUAAUGCAGAAUGGCUAUUAAGAAAGGGUCCACAAAUUGUUCUCAUUAAGAAAGAUGAAGACAUAGCUACACGUGAAAUUGAAUUUUAUCGUCAUUUGAAAAUACAUCCUCACAUUAUACAAACAUUCGGUUUCGUUGAUACUGAAAGUCCUGACUCAAUCUUUCUAUUACAAGAGUGUGCAUCACAUGGUAAUCUUUCGACAUUGUUACGAGAAAAUCAUUUCAAACCACUUCCGAUCGUUCUUAUCGAGAUUUUUUCUCAACUCCUUGAUGCAAUGGCUUAUAUUUCAAGUAAGAAAAUUGUACAUGGUAAUUUGUGUUGUCGAAAUGUACUUGUCUUUAAAAUGAAUCCAUAUCAUCGAAAAGGAAACUCCGUUAAAUUGACUAAUUUUGAUUAUGCACAAUCGAUGGAUCAUCUUAAAAAUGGCAAAGAUGAAAUAAUUGCUACGGUAAGAUACUGUGCACCUGAAAUUCUAGAAAGUGAAGGUCAAUCAAAAUAUUCGGAAGCAUCAGAUGUAUAUUCAUUGGGCGUUCUUAUGUGGGAAGCUUGUUCGAAAGGUAAACUUCCGUAUGCAUCAAUUGCCAAUGAUAAUGAGGUUCGACGGCGAAAACUGAACGGUGAAAAAUUAUCAACACCAGAUAACUUUGAUGACAAGAUUUGGGAACUCAUUCAAAUGUGUUGGGCAACUCAACCAGAAUUACGUUUCAAUUUUGCAGAAAUGAGAACAUUAAUCUCGAGGAUCAAACCAAGAGUGACAUGGCAUUAUAAAUAUAAUCUUAAUACUGACAUUCAAAAAGGUGUUCAAUUGUUCGGACAACUUGGAAAGAGCUUUUAUCAAGCAGAAUGGAAGUCAAGACAUGAAAGACCAAUCAUUUUAAUCGAAAUGGAUCAUGAAACUGCAUAUCGUGAAGCAUUAUUUUAUAUUCAACUCAAUCAUAAUGAUCACAUUAUUCAUACAUUUGGUUUCGUCAAUAAUGACCGUCACUUGUCAAUGCUGCUGCAAGAACGUGCAUCUUUUCAUAAUCUGAGCAUUCUGUUACAAGAGGAUGGAUUUCAACCUUCACAAGAAGUACUUAUUGAAAUAUUUGGUCAAAUUGUUGAUGCCAUGAUUUAUAUUGCUGGGAAAAAUAUUGUUCAUGGUGAUUUAUGUUGUCGUAAUGUACUUGUCUUCAAAAUGAACUCAAAUCAACGAGAAGAAAAUCUGGUUAAGGUAACGAAUUUUCAUAAUGCACAGUACAUUGAUGAAUCAUCAAAUGACAAUGAUCGACUAAUCAUUCCCGUACGAUACUGUGCACCUGAAAUUCUACAUACUCGAGGUCAAUCAAAUUAUUCAGAAGCAUCAGAUGUCUAUAUGAUGGGUAUGCUCAUGUGGGAAGCUUAUUCACAAGGAGAAAUUCCUUAUUCAAAUAUGAGUAACAAUGAAAUUCGACAACGAAGAUUAGGAGGUGAACAAUUACAGCAACCAUCUAAAUGCCACACUGAUGAGUGGACACUAAUUACAGAAUGUUGCCUCAAAGAACCAGAGACACGUUGGACAUUUUUCCAAUUGCAAAGUCGACUAUCAAACAUCAGAAUAGAGUGA